AGAGUUGUAGAUGACUAUCUUUCAGCACAAUGGAUCUUUGGGGACUCAACACUACUGCCCUCCUGACUUGUGUCCUUUUCCUGAUCUUUUUUUUCCUAUGGAACCAAGGAUUCAAAAGGGAAAAGCUCCCACCAGGUCCUAUUCCUCUUCCCUUUCUUGGCAAUAUCAUGCAAUUGAAUUUAAAGAACAUCACUGAAUCAUUCUCACAGCUGGCUGAAAAAUAUGGCCCUAUCUAUACUGUUUAUAUUGGAACUCUUCGUGUUGUAGUGCUACAUGGAUAUAGCAUUACUAAGGAAGCUCUACUUGAUCAAGGAGAGAUUUUUAUGGAGAGAGGAAAUGUACCAAUAUUUGAAGAGAUAUCCAGAGGAGAUGGAGUUGUUUUCAGUCAUGGAGAGAAGUGGAAACAAAUCCGGAGAUUUUCCCUUAUGACACUAAGGAACUUUGGGAUGGGGAAAAGAAGCAUUGAAGAGAGAGUUCAAGAAGAAGCUCACUGCCUGGUGGAGGAGCUCAGGAAAACAAAGGGUCAGCCUACUGAUCCCACAUUCAUCCUUGGCUGUGCCCCCUGCAAUGUGAUCUGUUCUAUCCUCUUCCGUGAUCGAUUCAAGUACAAUGAUGAGAAAUUUCUGUAUCUGAUGAACUUAUUAAAUGAAAAUUUUCAUCUGUUUAACAAACCAUGGGCACAGCUCUACAACUUUUUACCAGCAUUUAGAAGAUACCUUCCUGGAGAACAUAAAAAAAUUUUAAAAAAUAUUGAUGAAAUAAAACGUUUCAUUUUGGAAAGAAUAAAGGAACAUCAAAAGACACUGGACCUCAAUAACCCUCAAGACUACAUUGACUGCUACCUUUCUAAAAUGCACCAGGAAAAAGAUAAUCCUCAGUCUCAAUUUGAUUUGGAGAAUCUAACAAUGACUGCAGCUGACUUAUUUGCUGCAGGAACAGAGACAACCAGCAGUACUCUAAGAUAUGGCCUGCUGCUCAUUCUGAAGCAUCCUGAGGUCAAAGCAAAAAUUCAUGAGGAAAUUGAUCGUGUGAUUGGACAUAAUCGAGUUCCUUCCAUAAAGGACAGACAAGAUAUGCCCUAUAUGGAUGCUGUAGUACAUGAAGUGCAAAGAUUCAUUGACCUCAUACCUCUGAACCUGCCCCAUGAAGUGACCCGGGACAUACAGUUCCAACAGUAUGUCCUUCCCAAGGGCACAACAAUCUUCCCAAUACUCAGCCCAAUCUUGUAUGACAACAAAGCAUUUCCCAACUCUGACCAGUUUGAUCCCCAGCACUUUCUGGAUAAGAAUGGAAAAUUCAAAAAAAGUGACUACUUCCUGCCUUUUUCCAUUGGAAAACGGUCUUGUCUUGGAGAAGGCCUGGCAAGAAUGGAAUUGUUUUUGUUCUUUACCACCAUUCUACAGAAUUUCACUCUCAAAUCAAUUGGAGAUCCAAACGAAAUAAAUAUCAAAACAAAUCAUGUUGGGUUCACCAAUGUUCCACCGCAUUACCAACUAUGCUUUCUUCCUCACUAAGGAAGAAGACAAAGUUGAAUGAGAAAAAUUAAUCAGCUGGUUUCAUCUUCUGGACUCAAUAUUCUCAUGUUUUUGACUGGAAUCUUUCUUGGGGAAAGAAAAUUUCCCAACCAUUGAUUAAAAUUACUCUUAAUUUUCAGAGACGA